AUGCCCGUACCCCCAAAAUCCACCUUGCCCUACCGCACCCAGGUCCAAACCCGCAUCCAAGCCCUACUUUCUGGAGACCGGCCGCGCGAUCCGCACCUGGCGCGGCUGAGCACGCGGAGAUUAGUGCUAGAGGGGGUUGUGGAGGAGGUUAGGAUUUAUAGGCUUAGGAGGGAGAGUAAGAUGGAGAAGGAUAGGAGGAGAGAGGAGAGGGGAACGGAGGAGAGGGGACGGAGAGAUGGAGAAGACAGGAGGAGGCGGCAUGAGGAAAGUGAUGGGGAAAGGGAUAGGCAUGGCAAUAGAGAUAGGGGUAAGAAUAGACAUACAGACGAGGCUAAAGCACAACGACAUACUAUCCCCGUGGAUCUCGACGCUCUAGUCACGCAACGCGAGGCUGGCAAGACAGAGGAGCAUGAUAAGCCCAUGCUUCUGAUGGGUGGAGCCGCAGCAGGCAGUGCCGUUCUAACGCAGACACAAGACCACCAUCACUCCCACGAACAGUCUCGGGAUCACAAUCACUCCGAUCAUGUUCGGAGCCAGGGGAGUCGGGGCACGCAGCCAUCGAACGAACAUGCACACGCACAAACCCACGCUCGUCCAAGCCCUCACGACCACCAACAUCCUCCCGAAUCCCCAAAACUCCAUACCUACCCCCGCCCGUCUCUUCCCCAUCAUGCUCGCGGUCCAGACGGUACGCCCUUUGGCCGCCUGCCGCAGAAGAAAAAGGGCAUGGGUUUCGGAGAGCACUUUUUGAACACGUACAGGCAUAUCAAGGCUGAGCAUGAGGCGGGGCAUCGGGAGAGGGGGGCGUUGGAGUUGAGGUUGGAUAAGAUGAGGGGGAAGGGGGUGGGGAUGGAGAAGGGGGACGGUGGAGGAAAGGGUAGAGGACGUGGAAGAAGAGAGGGGGGUGGGAGGCGUGGUGGAAAGGGUGAUAGAGGAGAGGACAAAGGACCCAGACAUGCUUCAUCGCACUCGCAUUCCCACCCCGCCCAGUCCCAUCCCUCUGCCUUGCAACAAACAGCAGAGCGAGACAUGCAACAUGCUCAUCCUACCUCGGCGCGUUCCUCACACGUUCAACAAGAGCACGACACACCACCCGGCCACGUCUUUUCCUACGGCCCGCCCACGCUCCAAGGUGAACGUUUAAGAGAGCAGUUUCCAGAUGCAGGUGAUGAUUUUUUAGGCGUGAGGAGAGAAAGUGAAGUAGAUACGUUACCACGAGAUUUUAGCAACUUGAAUGUCUUGGAAGAAGCGAGUGGGGGGGACAUAUCACCUACACAUACUGCACCAGGCGUGUUGGAUGUGGAUAGGCAUGCUGCAGGCGGGCCUAAAAUUCCUCCUCGUCCUACCGGUACACCAGCCCUUCCUCCUACGCCACUAUCAGCACCAUCUCCAGUUCCCCUCCGCAACUCCACCCUGCACAGCCUUCUAUCCGCCAUUCAAUCUGGCCCCUCUCUGCAACCUGUGUCUCUUGGCAACAUAAAUGACAACAACGCCGCUCGGGGCGGACAAGAGCUGUAUGAGAACACGACUCAUAGUCGGGGUAUCGAGGCUAAAGAGCGUGGUCAGGAACAGGGACAGGAAGAAGAUUGGGCUGCGAUUGACGAUGGAGGAAGUGAGAUUGGGGGGGCCAGGGAGGGAGUUUAG